CAUUUUGAAAUUUCUAAUUUCGUUCCCUAUACGGAGAGGUGUCAAAUUUCUUCCCUAAUUCCUAUUUAUUGUAUUCUUAAAUUUAUAAAUAGUGGUUGAAAUAAUAUAAAUAUAUAUAAUUUCUGAGAAAAACAACUAAUAACAAUGCAGAAUCCCAAUGAAGAUACAGAGUGGAACGAUGUUUUACGUUCAAAAGGAAUUUUGCCACAAAAAGAAAAGGAAAUAUCAGAAGAUGAAAUUGUUAAUAUGAUUGAGCAGACAAUACAUCAGAAACAGGCCGAAAAGGACAAACAAUUAUCAGAGCUAGAUCUGGAUGGCUUGGAUGAACUGGAGGAUUCAGAAGACGAGGCAGUAAUUGAGGCAUACAGACAGAGAAGAAUCGCUGAAUUAAAACUUUUAGCAGAGAAACCAAAAUUUGGUGAUGUCAGAGAAAUCUCAGGACAAGAUUAUGUACAAGAAGUAAACAAGGCGGGUGAAGACAUUUGGGUUGUUAUACAUUUAUACAAGCAAGGGAUCCAGCAAUGUGCUUUGCUCAACCAGCACCUUAGAGAAUUAUCUGCAAAAUAUCCACGUACAAAGUUCUUGAAAGCAAUUGCCCAGACAUGCAUACCCAACUUUCCAGAACGAAAUCUGCCUAGUGUCUUUGUGUAUUUUGAAGGUGAUUUAAAAAAACAGUUUGUAGGACCACAUGAACUGAGAGGCACUUCUUUGACCUGUGAUGAACUUGAAUACUUACUGGGUAAAGUAGGUGCAGUGGAUACUAAAAUUAAGGAAGACCCAAGACCUAAGAUUAAAGAUAAACUUUUUGAAGACCUUGGUAACAAUGACUGGUGAUAUCAUACAUUUAUGUUACUUU